UUUCCAAAAAUCUAGGAAGGGGUCCGCGAGGGAUUUUGGAGGAGCGACCGUCAUGCCUAUGGAUCCGGAGAGCUGUGGAGCAGCCAGAUUUGCCCACAUUGGAGCAGCAAGCGAGAUCUAUGUUCCGAAUUCUUAUCGCGCCGCCAGUGAAGAUUUUGCUCCAGACGACGGCGGCGCUCCUUGCUCAAAGGUCAGUGCUCGCGUUCUAUCAGACAGAUCGCCGGGAGGAUCUGUCGUUGCAGAGCUUUGCCGAGUCGCCAGCACAGAUUCUUCUUCCAGACGCUGCUGCGCAGCUCAAGAAAUUGAGGGCUAGUGGAGAGGGAGAUGAUACUUUGGCCAAGGUUUUUUUUCACAGAUUGACUCCGUGCUUUGUUUUCGAGCUCGUCAAGAUCUUGAGACGAGAUGCCGACACGGCAUUCUUCUUUUUCAAGUGGGCUGGAAGGCAACAGCGCUAUGAGCAUGACUCGAGAACUUACAACCAGAUCAUCUCGGUUUUGGCAUCGGCCGGUCGGAUGGAGGAUUUGGACUCGGUUUUAAGCGAGAUGGUGGAUAGAGGAUGUAGCGUAGAUCUGGAAGCCGCGGCCGAUCUAGUGGUGAGCUAUGCAAAGUCCGGGAUGGUGGAUAGAGCUCAGGGGAUUCUCAGUGAGCUCAGGAAGAGAGAACUCACACUUCCAGCUCGGAUCUAUAACUCCGUGUUCAAGGCUUUGGAUAGGAUGCACAGGUUUCAAGAGGUGUUUGAAAUGGUGGAGGAACUGAUUGAGCAAGAGAACUUUGUUCCAGAGGACUCCACGGCAGAUUUGCUCGUCAGGAUUUACUGCAAAGGAUUUGCAGUGGACAAAGGAGCUUGGUUUUUAGGCAGGCUGGUCAAUGCGGGCGUGCGAGUGAGUGCCAAGACUUUUGUGAAGCUGGCCGAGAGUCUUUGCAAGGCUGGGAAGGAAGACAUUGCAGUGAAGCUCUUCGACAGGAUGGGGGCUGUUUUUGCCGAUGGUAACUUUCUUUGCUGCUCGAUAGUUUGCGGGGUCGUCAGGACGGGCCAGUUCUCUAGAGCUUCUCAGGUUGUUCGCGAACUGGCUCAAAGAGGCUUGAGCAUCUGUUACUCGCCAGAGAUUUCGUUUCCAGAGGCAGCCCGAGGAUUCUCUGUCAGUGAUUACUUCGAGCUCUUCCAAGCGAUGAAUCUCCGUCCCAGCACCUUCGAGUACAACAGCUUUCUCCAGGGGUUUUGUAGAGCCUCGGAGAUGGAAGAGGUGCUAAAGGUGUUCGUGCUCAUGCGAGAGAAUGGAGCUCCAGAGGAUAUACAUACAUACCACUGCGUCGUGGACGCCAUUACAAGUUUUGGAAGAAUCGACCACGCCACCGCAGUUUUAGAGGCAAUGGAGCAGAGCGACUGCUGCAUGCCGGAUACUGUCACUUACACCCGAAUGAUCGACGGCUUUUGCAGAAGAGGUGAGCUGGACAAGGCGUUGGUGAUCUACAGUCGGAUGAAAGACUCUGAAAGCUCUCCGGACGUUGUCACUUUCGGGUGCUUGAUCAACGGGUUUUGCAAAGCUCUCAAGUUCGACGAAGCAAUUAUCAUCCUCAAGGCCUCACUUGACGCUGGUUUGGAGCCAGAUGAGAUAACUUACUCAAGUAUCAUCGAUCCGCUAUGCAACUUAGAGCUCUGGGAUAUCGCGCUCGUGGUUUUCGAGCUAGCAAGACAGAGAAACUGUCCGGGAAGCAUUUAUCUCUACAGUAGGCUGAUGAAUUGCCUGUGCAAGGCUGGGAAGAUUGAAGAGGCUGUGCUCCUACUCGAAGAUAUGAGCCAUGGACGGAAGCAUUCCGGCCAAGCUUUAGGUGGGGAAGUUUGCAAGCCGACAUUGGUGAUUUACAACAACGUCAUCGAUGCCUUCUGUCAAGAGAACAGGAUUGAAGAGGCGCUCCAAAUGGCGAAAGCUAUGGAAGAACAAGGUAUAGGGGCGGAUGUAGUGACUUACACAAGUUUCCUCCGUGCAUUGUGCAACGUUGGAAUGGUAGACGAAGCUUGUAAGCUGCUCGAGAUGAUGGCGACGAGUGGCAGCUCCUUUCCAGACGUGAUCGCUUGCAAUGCUCUAGUGGGGGCGUUUUGCUCGGCUGCUCGAGUUGAAGAGGCUUGUAAUCUAUUGCGAGCCAUGCUGGAGCACGGGAUUGAGCCAGAUGAUCUCACGUAUACGCAAGUCAUUGGAGCUCUGUGUGCGAGCAAGAGGAUGGAGGCUGCAAUGCUCCUGUUUGAGUACAUGAAGGUGGCGAAUCACACACCAAAACUAACUACUUAUAAAGAGCUCAUGCUUGGGCUCUAUGUGAAUGGAAGCCUGCAAGAUGCGAGGAAGUUUUUGGAGCACGAGGCAAAGACAUUUUCUCUUGUAAAUCCUGGAAAGUCUCUAGUCUCGGAGCUUCAUAAAAUUUUGAAUGUUAACCAACAGAGGCAACUUAGCUUUAUUGUGUCUUAAACAUAAAAACGUGCUAUUAAUAUUAGCGUUAUGGGAUUUUAUAACUACUCA